CUGAAAGCUAAGUAGCUAACACAGUCACGGCGAGUCCCUCCCGCGUCUGCAAAAGAACGGAUAAAGUCCCUCUCUACCGUUCGGUGUGGAGAAGAAGAUGCUGACGAGUCCCAGCAACGCGCUUCACAGCACUCCACACUUCUGGCCUAUUCGCCGGAGCAGGCUUCUUCUCCGUCCCCGGAACUUCCCUCGUUUCCACUCCGGCGGAGGAAACUUCUGCUCGCUCUCUCUCCUCUCCGCAAGAAGUGGCCCUAGUAGAUUUAGAAUCAGAGCUCUAGCUGGACCAGAAGCUUCCGAGGACGGUGGUCUGGCGUUUCCUAACCACGUUUCCGUCAAAAUCCCUUUCGGAAACAGAGAGAUUUUGGUUGAGACUGGUCUUAUGGGGAGACAAGCAAGUUCUGCAGUUACUGUGACAGAUGGAGAAACUAUUGUCUACACAUCAGUUUGUCUAGCUGAUGUCCCUAGUGAGCCUUCAGAUUUUCUCCCCCUUUAUGUUCACUAUCAGGAGCGUUUCUCAGCUGUUGGCCGAACUAGUGGUGGAUUUUUUAAGCGAGAAGGGAGAACCAAAGAUCAUGAGGUUCUGAUUUGUAGGUUGAUUGAUAGACCUCUACGCCCCACUAUGCCCAAAGGUUUCUACAACGAAACUCAGAUAUUAUCCUGGGUUUUGAGCUACGAUGGGUUACACGCACCUGAUGCUUUAGCUGUUACAUCUGCUGGAAUAGCUGUAGCUCUUUCAGAAGUGCCAAACUCAAAGGCAGUUGCAGGAGUUAGAGUGGGUCUUAUUGGGGGCGAGUUUAUCGUCAACCCAACGGUGAAGGAGAUGGAAGAAUCACAGCUAGAUUUGUUUCUAGCGGGAACAGAUUCUGCAAUUUUAACUAUAGAGGGAUAUAGUAAUUUUCUUCCUGAGGAAAUGUUGGUCAAAGCUGUUAAAGUUGGACAGGAUGCUGUACAAGCUACAUGCACUGCUAUUGAAGCUUUAGCAAAGAAAUAUGGAAAGCCCAAGAUGGUUGAUGCUAUCAGAUUACCACCUCCUGAGCUUUACAAGCAUGUGAAAGAACUUGCUGGUGAGGAAUUGAGCAAAGCGCUACAGAUUAAGAGCAAAAUAGCAAGAAGGAAAGCAAUAACGUCCCUGGAAGAAAAGGUUUUGACGAUACUGACUGAGAAGGGAUAUGUGAUUGAUGAGGCAGCAUUUGGAACCACAGAAGCACAACCGGAACUGUUGGAGGAUGAAGACGAGGACGAGGAAGUUGUUCCUGAAGGUGAGGUGGACCAAGGCGAUGUUCACAUAAGGCCCAUCCCUAGGAAACCUAUUCCUUUGCUAUUUUCAGAAGUAGAUGUGAAGCUGGUCUUCAAAGAAGUAUCGUCAAAGCUCCUGAGGAGGCGAAUUGUUGAGGGAGGUAAAAGAAGUGAUGGUCGAACUCCGGAUGGGAUCCGGCCAAUUAACUCUAGAUGUGGUCUGCUUCCAAGAGCACAUGGCAGCUCUCUUUUCACACGUGGUGAAACACAGGCACUGGCAGUUGUUACUCUUGGUGAUAAACAGAUGGCACAGAGAAUUGACAACCUUGAGGGUUCUGAUGAAUACAAGAGGUUUUAUCUUCAGUACACUUUUCCUCCAUCGUCAGUUGGUGAAGUUGGACGAAUUGGAGCACCGGGUAGAAGAGAAAUAGGUCAUGGGACACUAGCAGAGCGAGCAUUGGAGACUAUAUUACCUAGUGAUGAUGAUUUUCCUUACACUAUACGUGUUGAGAGUACAAUACUUGAAAGCAAUGGUUCUUCAAGCAUGGCAUCUGUUUGUGGCGGUUGCUUGGCUUUGCAAGAUGCUGGAGUUCCAGUAAAAUGCUCUGUUGCUGGCAUAGCAAUGGGAAUGGUUUGGGAUACAGAAGAGUUUGGCGGUGAUGGAUCUCCUCUUAUCCUUUCUGACAUCACUGGAGCUGAAGAUGCAUCUGGUGAUAUGGACUUUAAGGUUGCUGGGAAUGAGGAUGGUGUUACCGCGUUUCAGAUGGACAUUAAGGUAGGAGGAAUCACUUUGGAGAUAAUGGAAAAGGCUCUGAUACAGGCAAAAGCUGGGCGUCGCCAUAUUCUUGCUGAAAUGGCAAAGUGCUCGCCGCCUCCUACGUUGAGUCUCUCAAAAUACGCUCCAUUGAUACUUAUUAUGAAGGUCCAUCCAAACAAAGUAUACUCUCUUAUUGGUUCUGGUGGGAAGAAAGUAAAGAGCAUCAUUGAAGAAUCAGGAGUUGAAGCCAUUGAUAUGCAAGAUGAUGGAACUGUCAAAAUUAUGGCAACCGAGAUAGCUAGUCUGGAGAGGGCGAAAGCGAUUAUCAGUGGAUUGACAAUGGUUCCAGCUGUUGGUGAUAUCUAUAGGAAUUGUGAAAUCAAAUCAAUGGCUCCUUAUGGUGCAUUUGUAGAGAUUGCACCUGGGAGAGAAGGACUUUGCCAUGUCAGCGAGCUAAGUGCUGAAUGGCUUGCAAAACCAGAAGAUGCCUAUAAUAUAGGAGACCGCAUUGAUGUCAAACUAAUAGAGGUGAAUGAAAAAGGUCAGCUUCGGCUUAGUGUACGAGCUUUACUUCCGGAAUCAGAGUCGGACAAAGACAGCCAGAAACAACCACCAACAACUGGUGAUUCUACCAAGAGUUCACCAAGGAAGUAUGUAAAUCCUUUGUUGAAGGACCGUGCAGCGACAGGAGCAUCUGGGGAAGAACUUGUCUGGAAGAAGAAAGAUGUCAGGAAAUCAUCAGGUGGUGACAAGCCAAUGAAAAGCAGUAGCAGUAGCAACGAAGAAGAUAGAGGCAGCUUAGUCAAUGGUGAAGCUACAAUCAGCUAGUAAAUGCAAAUAGGAUCAGUGUUCUUAUCUGUUAUUUUGUGAAGACUCCUUAUGAAAGGAGUGGAGUGUUCUUGAGAUCUUGAUUCUUGUUUGGGAACUGCAAGGUGUGACACUAGUAGUAGAUAGCUUUCCUUAAUGUUUUAUGGAUAUAUGUAGCAAGUCCGGACUGGAGGAGGAAAACAUUUUGAAGACAACAUAUGUUGGGAGAUUCUCAUACAGAAAACCCUUUCUUUUCGUUGUUUCAUAUUCCAUCCGUUCCACAAAAAUUAAUGUUUUGAGGAAAAGCGUUUUAAUAAAUAUUUGAUAUGUUAAAAAAUUGAUUAAAACUAUUAAUUUAAAGUUAUAAAAAAAAGUUUACUCAAAAUAUCAAAAUAUUCAUUGGUAUACAUAAAUUAUUUUAAAAUAUGUGUGAAAAGUUUUUAAAAUCAUGGUAAAAGUAUUAUUAAUCAUACAUUCAACAUGGUACCAUAAUAGUGUUUUACUUGAUCCAAAAGCUUAAAUCAAACACAAAGAUAGAGCACAUCUCCAUCCAGAUCGUUUCCAAAAAUACUCAUGGAAGAGCUCAAGUUAUUGGGUUUCAAUACUCUGAUUACUUAUUUGCAUACUCCCAACUCCCUAAAGAAAGUGGUGUGCUUAAGAAACACAUAGAAAAAUAUCCAUAAUAGCAAAAUAUACUAAAACACCCAUAUAUACUAAAAAUUUAGAGUAUUUUGGGUAUUCUGUGAGGUUUUGGGUUCAGAUCGCAUCGAAUCCAAAACUUACGGAUCCUCCACAAUAAGACUCGAUAGGUUAAAAAUAUCGGUCCGGUUCCUAUCCAAACCGAGAUUUUUCGGGUCGGUUUCGAGUCAGAUCUUCGGAUCCGGAUAAAUUUCUCAUGCCUAAUUUUAAUCUCCUCCAUCAAAAAGUCUGAACUAACUAACAUCUUCGUUUAAAGACAUUGAUAGAGACUUUGUUCAUUUCUCUCUUACACAGUGUCCUUGUUACGCAUAGGCUAGGUUCAUGUCGAAGCAAUUUAGCAAACAAAGUGUGUUAUGUUUUGACGUUUAAAUUUUACAAACUCAAAUGUUAUAUAAUCAAACAAAUUUGUGUAAUUCAUUGGUCAAAUUAAAAAAUUAAGAAAUGAACUGUUUACAUUUGAAUUUUAGAAUUUAUUUUAAAUAUGAGUGAAAUGAAAUAUGAUAAUCUCCUGCAAAAUGUGUAUGCUAAAUUGAUGCAAGUUGACCCAUUAAAAUGAAAUAUGAUAAUAUCCUGGAAAAUGAGUGAUGUUAAAACAAUGCAAAAAACUUAGCCUAAAACUACCAAAACUUCAAGACCCAUAACUGAUAUCCAAGUCUUGUAAAAUGAGUGAUGUUAAAACAAUACAAAAAACUUAGCCUAAAACUACCAAAACUUCAAGACCCAUAAGUGAUAUCUAAGUCUUGGAUGGCUUCAACUCUAGAACACAAACCACACAAUACUCCCACCUCUCCAUUCUAUAUAAAUGCAUAUAAAUGAGUCAUACAGAUCAUCACUCAUCAGUAAAUUAAGAGAGAUGACAUCUUCUAAAGUAUCUUCCAUGCUUCUCGUUCUCCUUCUUCUCGUUCUUGUGUUUUCCCAUAUGGAUAAAGCCCUUGGUGAAAAAAAAGAGGCAGAACAUCCUGAUCAACUGACGACUGUCCAAGGGAUCGGAAGGCGCGCUCUUUUACGCGUUUCAAAAGUUCCUACGUGCCCAGCUUACUUAUGUAACCGUCGUCGUACACCUCCACCGCAUCGAAGGUUUUAAAGGCAAAAACAUAAGAUCCCACAAACAUUUGGAUGAAACUAUAUUUUCUCACUAUAAAAUGUAAUUCUGGAAUUUUCUUUCAAAAUAAAAGCGAUCAUGUUGGAAUUUUCUUUCAAAAUGUUAUCCUCCUCCACACAUCAAAAUAUAAAAUGUACUUCGGAUGAUGGUAUAAUGAUAUGUUGUUAUAAAUUGUAAGGUAUUGUGUGAUGAUAUGUUUGUUGAUAUUAUUCAACAUAAAAAUAAAUAUAGUUUGGAUUUA